UUGCAUAUUUUGCUGGGUUUUUCUCGGAGAGGACGGGCGACGAACGAACGGCUGGGAUGUUUUCAAACCCAGCGAUGAACGUCACACAGCCGUAGGCAACGGUUAACGUGCAAUAUUUAGGAAAUAACAGUUUAUAUUGCGCAAUUUUCAUAUAUAGCAGAGCCUGAAUUUAUCGGUGGGAUACGUGUGACCCAGUUUAAAGGUGCAUGAUGUACUUGCGGUGUUUUAGCUGUCACAGCUAGUCAGGUGCCACACCAUGGCCAAACCUGGGAGCGACAGAGAUGGAGCCAUGGUGGAUAAGCAGCCUGGGAAGAAGAGCAAAGACAAGUUGUCCCCUUUCACCAAAACUCCGAAGCUGGACCGGAGCGAGUUGCUGGGAAAGGAAGGGAAAUCCAAGUCUUCCAUGAAGCGCAAGCUCUCCUUCACUACCAGUCCGCUCCGGACCGAGGAGCGAGACUCAGACACAGAUGACUCAGACCCAGGCCAGUCGAGUGAGACCUGGGGAGACAGAUUAGUGCCUCCCUGCAGGAUAUACGCAGAUAAAGAUGUACCAGACAAAAAGAAGGUGAAAAAGGAGGCUGGGGGCAAAAAGUCCCAGGCUCCCAACCUUUUGUUUGGAUAUCCUUUGUCAGAACGCAAACAGAUGGCGCUUCUAAUGCAGAUGACUGCCAACAGUCCAGACUCUACUCCCAGUCACCCCUCACAAACGACCCCAGUGCAGAAGAAAGUCCCCAGCAGCGCCUCGUCUCGACAGAAGGACAAGGUCAACAAGAGGAACGAGCGAGGGGAGACUCCCCUUCACAUGGCAGCCAUCCGGGGAGAUGCCAAGCAAGUUAAAGAGCUCAUUAGUCUUGGAGCUGACGUCAACGUCAAAGACUUUGCAGGUUGGACUCCUCUUCAUGAAGCCUGUAAUCUUGGUUACUACGAUGUGGCCAAGGUCUUAAUAGCAGCAGGUGCAGAGGUGAACACGCAGGGUCUGGAUGAUGACACGCCACUCCAUGAUGCUUCCAGCAGCGGGCAUAAAGAUAUUGUGAAACUUCUGCUACGCCAUGGUGGUAAUGCCUUCCAGGCCAACAAGCGCGGGGAGCGCCCGGUGGAUGUUGCAGACUCUCAGGAGCUGGAGCAGCUAUUAAAGGGAGAAGUGUCACUGUCGGACCAAGAUGACAGCUCUUCAGGUCUUCUCUUCUGUGCAGAGUCUGAAGACCCUCCAUCUGUCAAUCCAUCUAGUGUGGAUGACAACAUGGAAGACUCUGAUACUGAGAAGGAGUCAGACGGAAAACUGACCACAAAAGCAUCAUCAUCUGUGCGAGGGCUGGAUGAGUAUGAGUUCAAGGACGAGGAAGAAGAGGAGAAUUUCAGCAAAGCCCUGAGUGACAGACACAUUCUCCGCAGGGAACUACGGCAAAGGGAGAAGGAGGAGAAAGAUAAGAAUCAUGUGGCAGGAAAGCAGAGUGGAAAAGGUGAUUCCUCUACAAAGUCCAAAAAGCAGAAGACUUCUCGUGUCCACUGCAGCUCAGAUACCUCCAGCGACGAAAUGGAGAGCCUUUCGGAGAAAAGGAGUUCCCCGACCUGCUCUCAGAGCCUCAAGGCAGACACAAAGUCUAAAAAGGAGAAUGCUGAGCAAAAGGGCAAAGUCAAGAAGAAGAUCAAAAGCCAGAAUAAAAACAAAGAAAACCAAGAGGAUGGGAAAGAGAACAGCAAAACAUUGGUCCUCUCUCUCGCAACCGUGUCCGAGAGCGCAGAAAAGGGUCGGGAGGAAGACUCCUUCAAGAUGUCUUUCAGUCCAAAAGAUGACUCAUCCGUCCAUCUCUUUCAUUUGUCGUCCAUAAAAUCUCCCAAACUGAACCACAGCCUGACAGAUAAACAAACACCACUUAAACAGGAAAAUACUAAGAUGUGCAUUUCCAUCAGUGACAGCUCCAGUCCGGUGGACGGUGUCAAAUACAACCACUACACAGAGGCCGACUACUGCACCGAAGGCUCCAGCACCAAGGGGUGUAAGCACAAGGAAAAGAGCAAACACCAACAGAAAGACUCCAGUGUUGAUGGGGACGAUGGUCAUUCAAGUCCUAACAAAGACUGCAGCAUAGGAAACAGUAUAGACAGCUCUGAAGGUGCCUUACGGAAGACCGACUCAGAUGGCAAAGUGGUAAAGAAGCAUAAACUUAAACACAAGGAGAAAGACAAACACAGGAGGGAAUACGAGGGAGAGCGGAGCCGCCACAGGCAAAAGGAGGCCAGGAAAGACAGCCACAGGAAUUUGGAGUUUGACAGAGAAUUCUGGAAAGAGAAUUUUUUCAAAAGUGAUGAGACCGAUGAACAUCUGCCAGUAAAAAAGGAAGGUGAAGAAAUUUGCUCACUUCAGAAGACCUCCGAUUCCACUUCUGUCAAAGAUGAGAAAACCCUGAAGGAGAAACACUCAAGCAGCAAGGAAAAGAGGCUGAGAGAAGAGCGAGAAAAAGACAAGGCUGUGAAAAAAGAGCGAAAGGAGGCUGCUGGUAAAGAGGAGAAGGUAAAGGAUUCAAAGUUGAGUGAGCUUGAAGAGAGAGUGGAGUGCCACGGCUCAGGGCGGAUUCCAGAGGAGUUGCUCCAGAGCAACAGCUUGAAAGAAGAGACAGAAGAGAAACCCGUAAGUGGGAUCGCAGCUGAUCAAGAACAGCUGGAACUCUCUGAAAAAGGAUCACGUGAGAAAACUGACAAGAGGCUUCCAGGAAAGGAAAAGGAUGCAGAGAAAACAGAGAAAAGGCAUCCUGACAAGGAAAAAAAGGUUAAAACGGAGCAUGUUGACAAAUCUGAUUCACAGAAUUCAGUGGAUCGUUGGAAGGAAAAAGAAAGAACCGGAGCCAUUUCUUCCUACUCGCCUGGAGACAAAAACUACAAAGAGAAUGAGAAAUUGAAAACUUUAUCCACAACCAAAAAGAAUGAAGACAACAGGAAAAAUAAAGAUAAGUUUGACAAGCGGUCUGAUAGGGAGAGGCAGGACAGAGAAUAUAGUGUUGGGGAUCACAGGGAAAAGGAACGCACCAACCCUGAUAAGAAAGGAAAACCUUUUGAAAAAAACACAGAUCAUAGUAAAUCUGAUCGCUCGAAAGAAAAGGACUGUGACCGGAAAAAGAGAGAUAAAAUAAAAGAUGUGACUCUUUCCUCAAGCUCCAAUCUGAAAUUACUUUUAGAAGAGAAGAAGAGCUAUCUGUCUGAGAGCAGCAAGUCCUUAUCUACAAAAUCAAAGGAGGAAGUUGUGAGAACACCAGAGAAGGAUCGCGAUCGGAAAGACCGGGACAGAGACUUGGAUAAACACAAGGACAAGGAUAAGGACCGGCACAAAGACCGCUCCCAGCAGGCCAAAAUCAGCAAGGCCAAAUCCAGUGAGACCGAUGCAGACAAAGCCAAAUCAAAAGCAUCGCCAGCAACACGAGACACCAAGCCCAAAGAGAAGAGGCUUGUGAAUGAUGACUUGAUGCAGACCAGCUUUGAGCGCAUGCUCAGCCUGAAGGACCAGGAGAUUGAGCAGUGGCACCGCAAACACCUGGAGAAAAUUAAACAAAAAGAGCGAGAAAGGCUUAAACAUCGGCCUUUGGUAGAUCAAGGAAAGUCCAAACCUAAAGACAGAACGAAGUCUGAACUGUGCCUGAGUAAGGAACUCAUGCGCUCAAAAAGCUCUGAAGCCUCUGAUGUCCAAAACAGAGAGAAAUCCCUGAAGGACGGCACCAGCCCCAGAACAAUGUCGCUUGAUGGAAAGAGUCUGCCCUCUAUCAACGCAAAGGUCAUGUCAGCUGUGGAAAACUGUCUGACCAGGUCACCCCGACCAGAGAGUGAGCGGUGUGGCCUCAUGUCCAGGUCCGUGUCCUUGGUUUCUGUCGCUAGCUCAGAGGAUUCGUGUCAGGCGACAACAUUAACACCAAGACACAUUGAAUACGACUCUGACAUGAACUCAGAAGCCUUAGACUCUCAAUCUGCAUUCCUUCAGUCUUCCCUUGUCAUUCAAGCUACCAGAUCGCCGUCUGUUCACGAUAAAGAUUGCAACAGUCUUCCAGAUGUGCCGCAAAGUAAUCGGACGUUGCUGCACAGCAGACAUGAAUCUCCAUACCUUAGGGCUAUUCUGGACGAGGAUGCCAUCUCAUUGACUGAAGGUAAAGCUGUUGAAAAUCUGCCAAAACCCAGUCAGCCUACUGAGGUGCUGGGAACAAGAGAGACCUCAGCCGAAACGGAGCAGAGCCUCAACAGUCUCCAACAAUGUAUGAAUUCAGUCGCUCAUUCAGUCACAGAGAUAGAAGGGAGCGCUCCUGGUAGUUCAGCUCCACAAAUGUCAAACAAAGAUCCUCAGAGUAAAAGCCUGACACUUCCCGAGUGCAGUGGCUCUCAAACAGGGUCAACAGAGCAGAAAACUCUUCCCCCCUCGGACCCUCCUAUUCCAAAGGACCUCCAGUGUCCGACAGAGAAUUCAAUAGCUGAGUGUAGUAACAAGGAUUCAGAUCAACCAUCAACUCAUAUAGCUUGUUUAUCUGCUGAGCUGUCAGAGCUUACAAACACAAAAACCUUCCAGCAGAGGGAACCACUUGCUGUUUCUGAUAUGGAGUGUGUGAAGGAGACAGAAUCAGGUGCCAGACACAUUUCUGACCUUAAAGAAGAACCUCUCGAGAAUGCUGAUAGAGCAGAAGAAGAGAGUAUGGAAACGGACAUUUUCAGAACAGACAAUGGAGAAAGUCCGUUACCCUCCACCAGUAUGCAUAUUCCCAGCUCUGCUGGGGAGUCCUUGCCAGGUUUUAGCCAAACAUGCGCUGAGUCCAAAUUGUUUCAAGAGGAUACGGAUGUAAACAACCAAGACUCCAAGAACUCAAUACCUUCCAGCGACACUGCAGAUUCAUGUCUCGAUGCUCAGAUGGAGAAAAAGGACGGUAUGCCCCCAGCGUCUUCCUAUAGUGCAAGCCCUGAACACAAGCCUGAAGAGAUGACUGAUGUACAACAGAGCUUAGAGAACAGUGGUGCUGCCGUUUCUGUUACAACAGAGUGUUCAUCAGUUGAGGGCAGCCUGGCUACAGAGGGCUUGUCUGAAUCUACCACAGAGACCAGCUCAGAGCCAAUAAAGGUGACUCCUGCUGAUGAAAAACCAGAGUUGUCUUCAGCUGGAGAAGAACAGAGUCAAAGCACCGUUCAAUCCGCAGGUCAGUCUGACAGCAGCAGCAGCAGCAGCAGCAGCAGCAGCAGCAGCAGCACCUGCAGCGCCUCAAGGAGCUCCUCUCCACAAUCUGGAGACAGAGAUUCUGAUUCUCCCGGGGCUAGGGUCAAGGUUCGCUCUGCAGACGAGGAUGUGGAUGUCCAUGUUCCCCAUCCACGCAAGAGAAAGAUGCCUAAAUUUCCAAGCUCCCAGUUGUGCUCAACAACUCAGCAGGAGAAGGAGAAAGGCCAGCAGUCUCUGGCUGCUAUUGUAGACUCUGUAAAGCUGGAGGAGAUUCAACCCUACCAGACAGAGAGGGCCAACCCUUACUACGAGUUCCUGCACAUCCGGAAGAAGAUUGAGGAGAAGCGCAAAGUGUUGUGCAGCGUCACCCCCCAGCCACCACAGUAUUAUGAUGAAUAUGUGACUUUCAACGGAUCCUACCUCUUAGAUGGAAACCCACUCAGCAAGCUCUGCAUACCAACAAUAACUCCACCUCCAUCAUUACCUGAGCAGCUAAAAGAGAUGUUCAAACAACAAGAGGUGGUCCGUAUGAAACUACGACUACAACACAGCAUUGAAAGGGAAAAACUGAUUGUUUCAAAUGAACAGGAAGUCCUAAGAGUCCAUUAUCGGGCAGCCAGAACACUAGCUAAUCAGAGUCUGCCUUUUAGUGCCUGUACCGUUUUAUUGGAUGCUGAAGUGUACAAUAUGCCUCAAGAUGUCCAGAGUGAUGAUGGCAAAACGUCGGUGAGAGAUCGAUUCAACGCCAGGCAGUUCAUGUCCUGGCUACAAGAUGUUGAUGACAAGUUUGACAAACUGAAGACGUGUCUUCUGAUGAGGCAGCAGCAUGAGGCGGCGGCCCUGAAUGCAGUGCAGCGUCUGGAGUGGCAGCUCAAGCUGCAGGAGCUGGACCUGGCCACCUACAAGUCCACCAGCAUCUUCGAGAUCCCUGAAUUUUACAUCCCACUCGUGGAGGUCAACGACGAUUUUGACCUUACCCCAAUAUGAGUUGUAGGACAGAUGGGCUUUGCCACAGCGGUGGCCAAAUCACGGAAACAAGAAGCAUACUGCACAUUAGAGGAAAAAGAAAGAAAAAUGUGAAGCACUUAGAAUGUGGCGGUAAUACAAAAAGCGCAUUUAUGGCAGAGACAAUUUUACUUCGGCGCUCUUACAGUCCAAACCAGCACGCCCACCAUGAGGACGGGGAACACGGACUGACUGUUCCUCGUACAGAAGGAGGAGGCUACGGAAGUUGUCGGAGCAGAGACCAAAAGCUCGGGCGGAGCGGGGCGGGGAAUCAAGAAGCAAAGUGUGGAUGUCAACCACCUUCUACUGCUCCUCCUUAAGCAGGGUCACACAACUGAAAGUUCAAUUGUUUUCAAAGUGAGUGUUCAUACAUUGUGUACAGACUGUGCUCUUAAUUUUCUAACUUAUUUUAUACAUAAAAAAUUGUGCAUUUGUAAAUAGCCAUGUAAUUAUUGUUUCAAACUUGUAAAAACAAAAAAUAAUAGAUAUUUUGAUUGUAAACUUGUUCUGUCUCAUGUUUUAAAGGACCAAAGUUGGUUUUUAUAUCGAGUGUCCUCUUCGUCCGUGAUGUUCUUGUUGUUGUUGGCUUAAAAUCUUAAGCAUGUGUUGGCUUUUGUUGUGUUUUUUGUUUUUACGGUUUCACCCUUCGUCAUCUGGAGUUCCACGCCACAGCUGGUGUUUUUUGACUUUGGCAAUUAAAUGCUGUGCAUGCA